UCACAUGACAGAUAAUCCACAGGAGCAGUUCCGCGUUUAUUGCGACACAUCAGAUAGGGGUGACAGGCUGAAUGGAUACCUAACGUAGUGUCUGUUUUUUAUGGUUUUGUUGGAAGAUUUUUGCUGUAAUCGCCUCCCGGCGUGGUGUUCGCUCUGGGGUGCAGCUCUGUGGCGCACGGACGUUCAGCAGCAUGUUCAGCAGGGUCAGAUCAGCCGUGGCCAGUUUAGUGGGCGGAUUUAUGCCUGGUUCAUCCAGCAGUGGAGAGCGAGCAAGCGGCGCGGAUUUGCCCCUGAAGUUCCCGUACGUGAGGCCGGAGUUUCUCGGACUGUCUCCAGACGAGGUGGAGUGCUCAGUGGAUCAUGUUGCGCGCCCCAUCCUCAUCCUCAAAGAGACGAAGAGGUUACCCUGGGCAACUGGCUACGCAGAGGUGAUAAAUGCUGGAAAAAGUGCUGUGAAUGAGGACCAGGCCUGUUGUGAAGUAUUGAUGGUGAAGAAGAGGCCCACGGGGUCUUCUACUCCCUGCAAACCGUCCAAGAGGAGAUCCUCACUGCCUAAUGGAGAAGGUCACAGCCUUGCUGAAAGCUCAGAGAAAGAGGAGCUGGUCUUGCACUACUGGGCUCUGUUUGAUGGGCAUGCUGGCUCUGGUGCAGCUGUAAUGGCCUCCAGACUGCUCCAUCAGCACAUUGUGGAGCAGCUUCAGGAGAUUUUGGAUGUCCUGCGCAACCUUUCAUCACUGCCACCCACUGUACUGGGAGAUGACCUGGAUCAUACCAGUACCCCCUGCAUGCCUCGAGCCCUAACACGAGCAUCCUCGCUGCGCAACUCACCUUGUACCAGUACACCACGCUUUUUCACAGAGAAGAAGAUCCAGCACGAGAGCCUGGUGAUCGGAGCCCUCGAGAACGCCUUCAAAUUCAUGGAUGCCCAGAUUGAGAGGGAAAAAGCUGUGUAUAAUAUCACGGGUGGAUGCACUUCACUCGUGGUGGUGUUCUUUCUGGGCAAGCUGUACGUGGCCAAUGCAGGGGACAGCAGAGCUAUCAUAAUCAGGAAUGGUGAGAUCAUCCCCAUGUCUACAGAGUUUACUCCUGAAUCAGAGAGACAGAGACUGCAGUUCCUGGGUUACAUGCAUCCUCAUCUGUUAGGGGGUGAGUUCACACACCUAGAGUUCCCAAGGAGGGUCCAGAGGAAGGAAGUUGGCAAAAAGAUGCUGUACCGUGACUUCACCAUGACUGGCUGGGCAUAUAAAACCAUCGAGGACGAGGACCUCAGAUUCCCUUUAAUAUACGGAGAAGGAAAGAAGGCUCGAGUGAUGGCAACAAUCGGCGUGACUCGUGGGCUUGGUGACCAUGACCUCAAAGUACAUGACUCCAAUAUCUACAUUAAACCAUUCCUGUCCUGCUUUCCUGAGGUGAGAGUAUAUAACCUGAUGCAGUAUGAGCACGGCGCUGAUGAUGUGCUAGUGAUGGCCACCGAUGGCCUGUGGGACGUUCUCUCUAACGAGGAAGUGGCGGAGUAUGUCACUUCUUUCCUUGCCAACUGUGACCCAGAUGACCUGCACAGGUACACAAUGGCAGCACAGGAUGUAGUGAUGCGUGCUCGGGGUGUGCUCAGGGACCGUGGAUGGCGUAUAACAGACGACCGCCUUGGCUCUGGAGAUGACAUUUCUGUUUAUAUCAUCCCACUUAUGUAUGGUAACCGUAAGCCAUAGAGCACAGGCUUCUCUACUGAUCCCUAUUUCUCCCUCACACACUCUUAAACAUCUUUCCACACCCUGUGUACAGUGUUCCUCUUUUUACUGAUUUUUUUUUUAUUUUAAUACAUUUCCUAUGACCCAUCACUUAGUAGAAAUCCUGGUCAUGUCUUGCCAGGAUGGGAAUAAGUUCUUUAGUAAUUUCUUUCAUUUUAUUUAUUUAUUUAUUUUUUUUUGCAUUGAUAAAGACAGAUUUUAUUAAUGUCUUGUUAUUCAGAAGGAAAUAUGGAUGUAUGAGAGAGUGUGAACAUUUCCAAAUUAGUCAUUCUUACCUGAUCUUUCUUUAAUGGUCACUGUUUCCAUUCGUGCUCAUUUGGUAAAUGUAUUGAUUUCAAGCAAUAUAAUAGGUAUAUAUUAAUGACUGUAAGUUGUAAAAUAUGUCAUCAGAAAAGGCUGAAGUCAACUAUAUUCGUUUUCAGCUUUAAAGCCGUCUUUCUCUCUCACACACACACAUACAUUUACAUUAUGACACUUGAUUUAAAAUUGUGGCACUUAUAAUCCUAGAUCAUUUGACCAUAGGGAAGGUCAGUUCAUAUUUGGGAGAUUUGUUAUUUACUUUUCAUCCAUGACCAAAAUGAAUAAUAUCUCAGGAUGACAUUGGUGCAUAGACCCUGUGUAUAUAUAAUCUGUCUAAAUAUACUCGGUACCGUUCACAAACAAUGCAUUCUGUGUAUAUUGUAGUAUUCAAGACACUUUGUUGUCACUAUGGUAUAGACGUAAGUAACAGUUUACACAUUUAUAAAGUACACUCACUUGCCACUGUUUAAGGUAAGACUACCUUGUAUGUACUGUACACUCAGUGGCCAGAUUAACUGGUUAAUUUACCAUCAGUAGGUGUAGGUGUAUACUUAUUGACUGUAGCCUAUCCGUUGCUAUGGACCACAACAGGACCACUGCAAAAUGACAUUCACAAAAUUGUACAACUGUAUCAUAAAUGCACCUGAUUGAAAAAGCCAGUAAGUGUAGCUAAACAAUAUGUAUAUUGUGUCUCAAUAAACUGCUAAAUUAGUUUAGGUCUACAGUUCGAAAUAUUUUAUUCAUGUUUGCCAAGUCACAACGCUUGAGCGUGUCCUAUUGGGAUAUUAUAAAUAAACCAGAGCAUUUAACACACAUUUCCUGCCAAUCAGAGUUGAGUUUAAUUUUAAACUGAAUGCAAACCAGCUAAGUGAGGUGGGCUAGUUUAGAACUACUGAGAUCUACUGCACACAUGAGAGGACCUAAACAUUUAAGCCCAUGCCUGUAAUACAUUCCACUUUAAAUAAUGCACUUGCAUGGAAAUUUAUUGUGCAGUAGUUAUGUAAAUAAUAUGACCUCAAGAAAAUGUUGCAAAUUAGUAAAAAUGAUUAAAAGUAGGCUUUUCUUGUAAAGUGCUAUGAGUGUUCCAUUUGCUCCCCAUGGGCUGAACUGCAUGUUUUGUUAUGUAUGGAUAAAAAUCCAAGUAUGUUAAUCAUUUAGAAAACUAUGCCACACCAUGCCAACCCUGCAAACAGAAGAACUGUUAAACUCAGGGGUUUUAUGGGGUUAACGGUAUGGAACGUUUGAAUGCAAAAACACGUUUGUUAAUGCUGCUUUUGGAUUAGAAGCAUUAAAAUGUUGCACCCCGUUUAUGUGGUUCCGCAUCUGCAGCACCUUCAUUUGUGAAGAAAUAUUUCACCUUGUGCGGAAAAGGCGCAGAUGGCUCCAAAACAAUGAAUGCUAUUGAACGGGGUAUUUCUAUGCCACACAGUUCCUAAGGAUUGGGUUUGUGUGAAGUGCCAAAUUGAACAUUACUAGUGUAAGUUUAUAAUUAAGUUUAAGAGCUCUUUAUAUGUGAAGUAAUAUGUUUUGUUUGUAUGGAAGAACUUCUCAAAUGAAUUCUGUCCAAGGAUGUAGUAACUAUUUCCAGACUUCCUGAUUUUGCCACAUUUGUACAUCUCUUGUUAAAUUCCAGUUUUGCAGACUGUGGAUUGGGUAUUUAUUUCAUAUACUGUACAGGGUCAUUAUACCUAUAAUGAGUGUGCUUUUGAGUAAUCGUUACACUUAAUUCUCCCCGUGAAUGUGAAGUGUACAUUUUUUUAAUGAUAUAAGGUGAAAGAAUAUUUUAAUGUUCAUAAGUAUUUUAUGUGAAUGGAAAAUUUCCACCUGUUUUGUUUUCCAAAAAUAAAAACCAAAUGAUUGUUUUUCUGUAUAAAUUCA